AUGGCCACCCCAAAAGUCUCCGAGACGGAAUUCCCGUACUCAUUGACCAUCUCUCUCCCUCUACCAUCAAAUCGCCUUGCUUCCUCUGCCCUCCAGACUCUCGAGGUGGAUAAUGAACUCUCCCCAUUUGUUCGACGCACCUUUGCCUUGACCGCUCCCGCCUGUGACACCCCCGGCGAACCGCAGGAGAAGAAGCAGAAGCAGGACCCCGAGGAAACCAGGACCGUCCUGCAGACCACCUACCGCGCCACGACCAAUCGCAUGCUUCGUGUUGCAGUCAAUGGAUUCAUGGAGAGCUUGGGUGUCGUUUUGGGUGUCAUGGCUGAGCUAGACGUGGACGUACUGGCGGCAGAGGGAGUCGAGGAGUGA